AUGGUACUUCCAACAUUGCAUUCUCAUUCUGAAACUAAACAUCUAACAACUCCACAACAGAUAAGUCACAGAGGACAAGAAAUUAAAACGGAAAAAAAUGUUGAAAAGCCUCAAACAACCAACACUAUCAAUGCACAAACUCGUUAUAAUUCUGUACAUAGUAAAUUGGCAUCACCUAUAUCGGGUACAUUAAGUGAUGAUGCACUUCGUAUUGAACAAGAAAAACAAGAAAAAUUAAAUCGUCUUCAACAACGUCGAACUCAUCUAUCAGCUAUUUUAGAAGCUGAAAAAAUCAAACAUCAGAAUGAAUUAACAUCAAUUCGUCAAUCAUCACGGGAAUCCAUGCCUUAUUUGAAAAUUGGUGAUGAUUCUCUUCAUUCAACUCGUGAAACACAACGACAAGAAGUUACUGAUGAAAAAAUGAAUAAACAAUCGAUAGUAAACAAUCCUAGUUUAUAUUCAAUAGAACAAAAUAAACUAGAAAAUUCACAACCUGAAUAUUGGUCAGAACAAUAUAAUGAGAGAUAUUUAGUACAAGAAGAAGAAGAACGAGGAGAAAAUAAAAGAACAAAUAGAAUUCAGCAAUUGAAAAUUAUUUUACAAGAAAAAAUGGAUGAACUCAAACAAAAAGAAGAAGAGACGGAAAUAUUAAAACAAGAAGAAGAACAUCUUUUUAGAGAACAAUCUGAAUUAGAUCAAUAUGAAGAAGAAAGAAAACAAAUGGAAAAAUGUCAUAUUCAAAAAGAUGAUGGACGUUUACUUGUUCGACAACAUAAAGUUAAAUUUCAUAAACGAUCAAAAGAAAUCCAAGAACAUUUGGAAUUAGAUAUGAAAAUUCUUGCAUCAAUCGCUCAUGUUGAUAAGGAAACUUGUCUAGAACAAUCGGAGCAACGAGAAUCAUUAAGACGAAAUGCUUUUAAAAUGUUAAAACAGUUUCAACAACAAAUGAAAUUAGAGAAAGAUAAAGAGCAAGAACUUGAUGGAAUGUUUCCAGAAGAAAUUACUAAGCAAUGGUUUCGUCGUGAACAAGAAUGGAAUCGUGAAAAAGAAUUACGUGAAAAAUUAAUUCAUCAAAUUCUAGAUGAAAGACAAAAACAAAUUAUGGACAAAUUACAUACAUUAAAGGAACAAAAACAAGAAAUAUAUGAAAGACGACGAGCACUUAUUGAUGAUAUGCAACAAGCAAGAAAAUAUGAUUUAAUUGAAAAACAAAAACAAGCCAAAGAAAAAGAAGAAAAAAACCAAGAUUCAUCAAGACAAAUAUCAAUUAUACAACAAGAACGAACACAAUCUCGAUUAGAAUUAGAAAAACAGGAUGCUUUAGAAUUUGAAAAUAAAAAAGCAAUACAUAAUUUAGUAGAAAAAUCACAAUCAUCUAUUACUUCUACAAAUGUUGAACCUAAAUUUUAUGGUCGUCGUCGAAUUAAUUGGAAUUAG